AAACAAGGUCACUAUUUAUCGGACUUAUCGAUAAAUCAGGGCUGGCAAAUCGUAAACAGUGGACGCCUAUUAAUUGUUUUCCUUUUAUUGGAAAAAACACAAUAGCUUUGAAAAGGUUUAAUAAUAAAAAAGCAGUUCAACAUUAAAACAUGCCGGCCUAUCACUCGCAGAUCAAGGAAGUGCGCCAGCAGGUGGGCAACAUGGCCAUCCUGCCGCUGCGGACCCAGGUGCGCGGACCAGCGCCCAGUGCCAAUGUGGAGAGCGAUAUCAUCGAUGAGUCACUGUACUUUUUCAAAGCGAACGUUUUCUUUCGCACAUAUGAAAUCAAGUCCGAUGUGGACCGCGUGCUGAUCUAUGUGACGCUCUACAUCACCGAGUGCCUGAAGAAGCUCAAUCGGUCCACCAGCAAGGCUCAGGGACAGCAGGACAUGUACAGCCUGGCCAUCUCCAAGUUCGACAUUCCCGGCGAUGCCGGGUUCCCCCUGAACGCUGUCUACGCCAAGCCGCAGACCGCCCAGGAUGCCGACCUCAUGCGCCAGUAUCUGCUGCAGCUGCGUCACGAAACCGGCAACCGGGUGCUGGAGAAGGUCUUUAACACCGAGGAUGGCAAGCCCAACAAGUGGUGGACCUGCUUCGCCAAAAAGAAAUUCAUGGAAAAGAGCCUGGCUGGACCGGGGCAAUAAGUCUACAUUUGGCUCCUGCGACCGGUGCAAAUGCUUUUACGCUUGGAUCCACACCUAUUUAUGGGAUUAUUCAGUGUCACUGCCUUUUUGUCACUACUGAGUAAUACUUUAAAAUUAUUUAAUUCCCUAAGACUUCAGAGUCUUAAAAAAGUUUCAUUAUUACUACUGUCACUUUCUAGUGAACAACUACAUAUGUAUUUAAGUAAAAUUUGUUUUAAAUCUUUGGCCCUUAAUAAGGAAGUAAUUGCGAAAACUAAUUGUAAUCAAAAUUAAAUAAACUAAAAAGUCAUAUAUUGGGCGCCAAGCCAUAAAAA